AAUAAUUACUCUCUUAGUCGUACAAAGCAGGGUGAUGAAAGAAGAAGCCAAAAAACCAAUCUAAUCCUCAAAAUUUUCUCCCUCGCGCAAAAUCUUUCCUGGAAAGUGAAUUUUUUCCCGGAAACUCAAAACCCAAUUCAAUCUACCGAAUCAUAAAUUACAAUACAAGAGAAGUGGAGUCCGGUUUUGGAUUACCGAUGAUGAUGGUUCAAUGAUGUCACUGUUCUGGAUUGUGAUUCGUCAGCUUGCAGAAAUUGAAGCAAUGGCUACGUCGAAAAAGGUGAUUACAAGAGAAGAGUGGGAAAAGAAGCUUAAUGAUGUAAAAAUCAGGAAAGAAGACAUGAAUAAAUUGGUGAUGAACUUUCUUGUUACUGAAGGUUAUGUUGAUGCUGCUGAGAAAUUCCAGAUGGAAUCAGGAACUGAACCAGAUAUAGAUCUUGCAACAAUUACAGAUCGAAUGGCUGUUAAGAAGGCUGUGCAGUGUGGAAAUGUUGAGGAUGCUAUUGAGAAAGUCAAUGAUUUAAAUCCCGAGAUACUGGACACAAAUCCGCAACUGUUUUUCCAUCUCCAGCAACAGAGAUUUAUAGAACUGAUUCGGAAUGGCAAGGUAGAAGAGGCUUUGGAGUUUGCUCAGGAGGAACUUGCACCAAGGGGAGAAGAAAACCAAAGCUUUUUAGAAGAACUGGAGAGGACUGUUGCACUGCUGGCUUUUGAAGAUGUUUCUAACUGCCCUGUUGGAGGACUUUUGGAUAUUUCACAGCGCCUGAAGACAGCAAGUGAGGUGAAUGCAGCUAUCCUUACAAGCCAGAGUCGUGAAAAAGAUCCAAAGCUUCCAAGCUUGUUAAAAAUGUUGCUAUGGGCUCAGAACCAACUUGAUGAGAAAGCUGUUUAUCCUCGAAUAAACGAUUUAUCCACUGCCAUGCUUGAAGACCCUGCAGUUUGAGUUGCGCGCAAGUUUUCGGCUUGGCCUAGUUUGCACAUGCAGAAACUAGAUGGAAUGAUAAAUUUCUGUACUCAAAAUUACAGCGACUCUAGACAGCUAAUUGUUGGAUGCAACUUUUUUACAAUUUGUUUGCUGUUCUUUCUCUUCUAUUCCAAACAUUGCUUGCUCUCUUUGAAGUUGUGGAUUAUGGCAUAUUAUCCAAAAACGCAAUGAGAUUAGUACAAGUGAUUUCAA